CUUCAUAGUAAAGUGCUCUCUGUCUGUUCUGGGCGAUCAUCUUCAGUAUGGCAGGGGAAAAUGGAAGGGGACACGGGUCCCGUCAAACUGUGGUAGUCAUAUUGGUCCUGUGCUCUUUGGCACCGAGUUUAACUUGUUUUAGUUUGCGAGGGCUGAGCAAAAGAGUUAAGCAGGACAAGGUAGUUGAUGAGGCUACAGUGAUGGAAGUACAGACUGGACGCAUUCUCUUCAAUGGGAAAGAGCUUAACUCCCAGUCAGGGUCCGCCCCUGCAGCUGCCACAGGAAAGGAUGGAUUGCUGCAUGUUGAGUCGGAUCAAUCAGAUGGCACAGGUUGGUUAAGAGGACAAUGGCAAGAUAUGGAUUCCAGAGAAGCAUCAUGGAGGCGCAUGGCUUCUUCUCUGUAUUGUGGUGGAGACCACUUGAAGUUCAAAGCAGUGGGACCGGGAGCUUCACAGUUUACAGUGGACCAAGGAAAUGCACCUCCAAUGCCUCUGUCCCAGAUCCCUUCCACCUGUGGCUACAGCAUGCAGAGAAACUCUCUUGCACUUGUUAUGUUGGUUCCCUAUGAUGGCUGCAACAUGAUUCAAGAGGGUGGAAGUUACAUGCUCCCAAUGCGUUGGCAAGGAGUUCCAGUGUCACUCUGGUGUCCCAAAACUGCAACACCUGCUCCCGCAACUGCUGCGCCGACCGCAACUGCUGCGCCGACCGCAACUGCUGUGCCGACAACAACAAAGAUGCCUAAAUUUCCACAGUACCCCCCUUUCUUCCCUUAUCCUUACUUUCCUCCCCCUCCGCCAACCGCAACUGCUGCGCCAACCACAACUGCUGUGCAAACGACAAAGAUGCCUAAAUUUCCACAGUACCCCCCUUUCUUCCCUUAUCCUUACUUUCCUCCCCCUGUGCCAACCACAACUGCUGCGCCGACCGCAACUGCUGCGCCAACGACAAACAUGCCUAAAUUUCCACAGUACCCCCCUUUCUUCCCUUAUCCUUACUUUCCUCCCCCUGUGCCAACCACAACUGCUGUGCCAACUGCAACUGCUGCGCCAACAACAAAGAUGCCUAAAUUUCCACAGUACCCCCCUUUCUUCCCUUAUCCUUACUUUCCUCCCCCUGUGCCAACCACAACUGCUGCGCCGACGGCAACUGCUGUGCCAACGACAAAGAUGCCUAAAUUUCCACAGUACCCCCCUUUCUUCCCUUAUCCUUACUUUCCUCCCCCUCUUCCAACCACAACUGCUGCGCCAUCAUCCACCACCACGGCAAAGCCAACCACAGCUCAUCCUCAGUUUCCUUUUCCUGUAUACCUCACUCCCUUUCCUUGGCACUUCCCAUAG